AGUCCUUGCACUUCUGAAGGCGGGCUACCUCCAAUUCCCCUCAGUGGCCUAUUAGCCUAAAAAAGCGAUGAGAUCGCACAAAUAACCCGUGUGAAGUGCAAUAUAGCUGUGUUUUUUUCCCGGAAUCGACUGCGCAAAAAAAAAUCGCAUUCCCAGUCAGUUUUCCAUUUUUGGGGUUCCAGUUUAAGGCCUGACGUGUUCUUCAUAGCCUAAACGCGGGGUUGUUAGUAACCUACUCGGCAUUCCUUCACACAAUUGUGGGGGUGGGGUACUCAUGUGCAAAGAUGUGAGACAAGAGACAGGUGAUGCGCUCUCUGCAUGCAUCCUGUCUUCAACAGGGGGAGCACAGCCACGGAACGAACGGUCGAACAGCAUGAGAUGAGGGAUUCUUCCACUCAUCAUAUCUAAGCAGAACAGGGACCAUGCAAGCAACCGAGUGGAGAUUUGAGCAACUGUAUAAUCAUACGGAUAAUUCAGGCAUCCUUUCACUCUAAAAGCGUUCUCUUUUUACCGACGUUGAAUGACGAGGCGGAAUGGCAGGUGGACGUCGAGGACUUGUGGCCCCACAAAACACUUUUCUUGAGAACAUCGUCCGAAGAUCCAAUGAUACCAACUUUGUUCUGGGCAAUGCCCAGAUUGUGAACUGGCCCAUUGUGUACAGCAACGACGGCUUCUGCAAGCUCUCCGGUUACCACCGUGCUGAGGUCAUGCAGAAGAGUAGCACCUGCAGUUUCAUGUAUGGGGAGCUCACAGACAAGGAGACGGGUGAGAAAGUGCAACAGAUCUUUGAGAAUUAUGAGAUGAAUUCGUUCGAAAUUCUCAUGUAUAAGAAGAAUCGGAUGCCGGUGUGGUUCUUUGUUAAGAUCGCUCCUAUCAGGAAUGAGCAGGACAAGGUGGUGUUGUUUCUGUGCACCUUCAGUGACAUCACUGCAUUCAAACAGCCCAUUGAGGAUGACUCUGUGAAAGGAUGGGGUAAAUUCGCUCGGCUCACUCGGGCACUGACGAGCAGCCGGGGAGUGUUGCAGCAGCUGGCGCCCACCGUCCACAAGGGCGAGAACGUCCACAAGCACUCUCGUCUGGCUGAGGUUCUCCAGCUGGGCUCAGACAUCCUCCCGCAGUACAAGCAGGAGACGCCUAAAACUCCUCCCCACAUCAUCCUCCACUACUGCGCCUUCAAGACCACCUGGGACUGGGUCAUCCUCAUCCUGACCUUCUACACAGCCAUCAUGGUGCCCUACAACGUCUCAUUCAAGACCAAGCAGAACAAUGUCACCUGGCUGGUGGUGGACAGCAUCGUGGACGUCAUCUUUCUGGUGGACAUCGUGCUCAACUUCCAUACCACGUUUGUGGGGCCAGCCGGAGAGGUCAUCUCGGACCCCAAGCUGAUCCGGAUGAACUACGUCAAGACGUGGUUCGUCAUCGACCUGCUCUCCUGCCUGCCGUACGACGUCAUCAACGCCUUCGAGAACGUUGAUGAGGGCAUCAGCAGUCUCUUCAGCUCCCUCAAAGUAGUCCGUCUGCUUCGCUUGGGCCGGGUGGCCCGUAAACUGGACCACUAUAUUGAGUACGGGGCCGCUGUCCUGGUCCUGCUGGUGUGCGUCUUUGGCCUGGCCGCCCACUGGUUGGCCUGCAUCUGGUACAGCAUCGGCGACUACGAGGUCAUCGACGAGAACACCAACAGUGUGAGGAUGGACAGCUGGCUCUACAUAUUGAGCGAAUCGGUGGGGACGCCGUACCGCUUCAACGCCAGUGGCUCCGGUAGGUGGGAGGGCGGGCCAAGCAAGGACUCGGUCUACAUCACUUCCCUAUACUUCACCAUGACCAGUCUGACCAGCAUCGGCUUCGGCAACAUCGCCCCCACCACCGACGGAGAAAAGCUCUUCGCCGUGGCAAUGAUGAUGAUCGGAUCACUCCUGUAUGCCACCAUCUUCGGUAACGUGACCACCAUCUUCCAGCAGAUGUACGCCAACACCAACCGCUACCACGAGAUGCUCAACAGCGUCCGCGACUUCCUCAAGCUCUACCAGGUGCCAAAGGGCCUCAGUGAACGCGUCAUGGACUACAUUGUAUCUACAUGGUCCAUGUCUAGAGGCAUCGAUACAGACAAGGUGUUGCAGAUCUGCCCCAAGGACAUGCGGGCGGACAUUUGCGUCCAUCUUAACAGAAAGGUGUUCAAGGAGCACCCAGCCUUCCGACUGGCGAGCGACGGGUGCCUACGGGCCCUGGCCAUGGAGUUCCAGACCACCCACAGUGCCCCGGGAGACCUCAUCUACCACGCGGGCGAAAGUGUAGACAGCCUCUGUUUCGUGGUGUCCGGGUCCUUGGAGGUCAUCCAGGAUGAUGAGGUUGUGGCCAUAUUAGGAAAGGGAGACGUGUUUGGGGACGUCUUCUGGAAGGAGGUGACCCUAGCCCAGGCUUGCGCCAACGUUCGGGCCUUGACUUACUGCGACCUCCACGUCAUCAAGCGUGACGCUCUGCAGAAAGUUCUGGAGUUCUACACGGCCUUCUCCAACCACUUCUCCCGCAACCUGCUGCUCACCUAUAACCUCAGAAAGAGGAUAGUGUUCCGGAAGAUCAGUGAUGUGAAACGUGAGGAAGAGGAGAUGCUCAAGAGGAAUAACGAGGCCCCUCUGAACCUUCCUCCGGACCACCCCGUCCGUCGCCUCUUCCAGCGCUUCCGGCAGCAGAGGGAGGCGCGACUGGCAGUGGAGCGAACCUGUCAGGGGGAGCCACCAGACUUGGAGAAGGGCACUGUCCACCUGGAGCAAACCAAGGUCCAUGAGGUCCUCGCCUCCACCAGCAUCAUCAUGGUGACCGAGAGCCCUGCUACUCCCACAGCUUCAUCCACAUCUUUGUCUUUGUCCUCCAGGCCCUCUAGCCGAGUCAUGCUUCAUGCCCCUGCCAUCCAAAACGGCAACCUCAUAGGCUGCAAGUCCGCAGAGCCUGCGCCAAAGACCAAAAAGGGCUGGGGUCGUUUCAAGGAGUCUGUUGUGAAAGCAGAGUCGUGGAGCAGCGUUUCUAAGGCCGAGUCCAUGGAGACCUUGCCGGACAGGACUAAGUCCCAUAAUGAGAUGUCUCUCAAGAAGACGGACUCUUGUGACAGCGGUAUUACUAAGAGCGACCUGCGCUUGGAUAACGUGGAUGACGCCCACACUCCGCAGGACCGGAGCCAUGUGCAGUCAGAAGGGAAGCUGGUUGUCUGUCCUAUACCCGUACAGGCCAUGCACGCCUCUUUCCUGGAGCUGAAGCAGGAACUUAGGGGAGACAUCGGGUCUCUUAAUGGCCGCAUGGCGGUGGUGGAGGCACAGCUGGCCGAGAUGCUUCAACUACUAAAAUCGAAAAAGGCCUCUCACUCAUCCAGUUUCUUUGAGAUGUCACGACCAGCAUCCCCCAAUUCCCAUAAGGACGACAGCUUCUCACAAUCUUGACACUGCAUGUUUUGGCAGUCUAUGCAGUGUUUCCCAACUCCAGUCCCUGAUUACCCCCAACAGUACACAUUUUUGUUGUAGCCCCGGACAAGCACUGAUUCCUGAUUCAACUUGUUACCGAUCAAGCCCUCAAUGAGUUGAAUCAGGUGAGUUUGUCCGGAGCUACAUCAAAAAUGUGUGCUGUUGGGGUUACUCGAAAGGGAGUUGUGAAACAUUGGUCUAUGGAACAUGAAGUGAAUGCAUCCUAGAAUUCAUCCAGGAGCUGGCUGCGGUGUAGCAAAAUUGUGAGAGAGGUUUUGUGAAGACUUGGGCAGUAAGAUGUUCCUAAAUUAGUACAGAUGAGUAAUGAGGGAUUUUCUUACCAUAUUAUUAUUAUUAUUAUUAGAUAUAGGGGUAAUCUGGAUUUUAAAAAAUGCACAUCUGGAUUAUCUCUGCACCUUGAGGUACAUUCUGUCCGAUAUUCCAUCAAUCUACUUUUGUAGGGGUUCAAACUGUAAACCGCAUAAAUAACGCUUUUGUUGUCUAAUUUCUUUUCAAUUGGAUUCGUUUUAGUUUUAAUUUGGUCACACUUUUCACAUGGUAAAAUGACUAACCCCUUAAGGAGGUUUUCAUCAAAUCUGUGCACUCAAUUGAAAUUAGCAAUAAUAUUUUAUUGCAUUGAUAUAGUUUUUCGCCUGGUCUCAAAGCACUUCAACUUGCAGGGAGUGAUGUGGCCAUGAUUACAUGAGCAGUGUGGCGCAACAGGGAAGAUGCACAUAUCUGAAAUGACAAUGUCCACAGUGAAGAUGCACAUAUCUAAAAUGACAAUGUCCACAGCGAAGAUGCACAUAUCUAAAAUGACAAUGUCCAUUGUUAUUUACACCAUUGCUCUCUCCUUGUGGUAUUAAAAUGAAGGGAAGUGAAGGGAAAAUCAUGAUUGUGAACUUUCAAUGUAUGGUGGAAACCAUGGCAUCUUUUCAACCAACAUCCAUCCUAAAUUGUUAUGGGAAGAAAUCAAUGUGAAUUUGUCUAAACUAUGAAACCUUUGUGCAUUUUGGGUCAUCACUGUUGAUAUAAUAUGCAAAGUAUUGCCAUCUAUAUUGUGUCUUUAGCAUUUGAAUUGCAAUGUUAAAGGAGUAAAAAGAGAUACUAUUUACAGACAGGUCCAGAAUUAUUGGAACCCUUGAUAAAGAUGGGCAAAAAAGACUGUAUAAAAUAAAUAAUACAAAUACUACAAUUGCUCAGAGAAAGAGAUUUUGUUUAACAAAUAAUAAUUGUUUUCUCUAAAAAAAAGAUAGGGAUCCCCCCCUGUUUUUAAUAUACUCCGGCACCCUCCCCCUUGCGUGGAUAACGGCACAAACUUUUUCUGAAAUGUUUCAUGAGAUUGGAGAACACAUUGGGAGGGAUCUUAGACCAUUUCUCCAUACAGAAUCUUUCCAGAUCCUUGAUAUCCUUUGUCUACACUUAUGGACUGCCCUCUUCAAUUCAAACCACAGGUUUUCAUUGGGGUUCAAGUCCGUAGACAGAGAGCCGUUGCAAAAUAUUGAUUUUGUGGUGAAUUAACCAUUUCUUUGUGUAUUUUGAUAUGUGCUUGGGGCUAUUGUCUUGCUGGAAGAGCUACUUGCGGCCAAGUUUCAUCCUCCUGGCAGAGGCAACAAGGUUUUUGGGCUAAAAUGCCCUAGUGCAGUACUUGGUAAAGUUCAUGAUGCCGUUGACCUUAACAAGGGCCACCAGGACCAGUGGAAGCAAAAUAGCUCAUAUCAUCAUUUUUUAAAGUAAGUAUGCGGUUAUUUUCUGCCUAUGCAUUCUUAUUUUGAAGCCAAACCCACCACUCCUGUGCUUGGCCAAAGAGCUCUAUUUGCACAGGUUCCAAUCCAAGUGCCAAUGCAAACUCCAAGCGUUUCCAUUGUGGGUUGCUCUCAAUUAAGUUUUUCUGGCAACCCUUCCAAAGAGCCUAUUUGCAUGGACGUGGCAUCUAAUUCUAGAUUUUAAGACUUACUUGGUGACCUGAAGUUUUCCAUCAUUUUCCAACUUUGGCCCUUCAAUUUUUCUUUACCUCCCAAACCAUCUUCCUUACUGUGUGUGGGGAACAAGAUACACAUGCAUCCAAUAUCAGGCAGGUUUACCAGUGGUUUUAAACCUCUUAAUUGUUGACAUAAUAGUGGUAAGUGGGAUAUUUGUUUUUUAAGCUAUUUGUUGUUCCUGUUGUGAGUUUUUUGCAUUUUCCCAUGGCAAUUGAUGAUACAUUUACAUGUGUGUUACCUCAUUUUAGAAGUAAACAGGGAGCCAUGGAAGACCACAAUACAGUUAUUUAAACUGAGAUUCAUUUAAAAAGUAGAAUGUUAAUGCAGAUUUUGUUUGUUUUUAUAAGAAUCUUUAGCGGUUCCAAUAAUUUUGAACUGUAUCUUUUUAAAUAUCUAUUUUCUCUGUGCAAUUGUAUUAGUAGAAGAAAAAAAGUUGUAAAAAAGAUUUACUGUGCACUUGAAGUUUUCAGACCCCUUGACUUUUUCAAAAUUUUGUUACGUUACAGCCUUAUUCUAACAUGGAUUAGAUCGUUUUUUCCUCCCCUCUUCAAUCUACACACAAUACCUCAUAAUGACAAAGCAAAAACUGUUUUUUAGAAAUGUUUGCAAAUGUAUAAAAAGACUACUGAAAUAUCACAUUUACAUAAUCAUUCAGAACCUUUACUCAGUACUUUGUUGAAGCACCUUUUGCACUGAUUAAAACUUUGAGUCUUCUUUGGUAUGAUGCUACAAUCUUGGCACACCUGUGUUUAGGGAGUUUCUACAGAUGUUUCUCUGCAAAUUCUCUUAAUCUCUGUCAGGUUGGAUGGGGAGCACCGAUGCACAGCUAUUUUUUAUAGCAAAGAUAGUCAACAUGACAAACAACAGAUGUGUGGAAUGGGUCACAUGGUUAGGAUUUGUAUGAAAGAAAUGAAUAAUUCACAGUAGACUAUCUACUGUAAAGACUGUUCUCAAUGUGUGGAAACCAGAGUCUGGCCCCCAAAACAAGGUUCCCUUCAUCAUUAUCCAUACCCGAGCCAUCUCUCCCUCGUACCUUCCAGUCAGACUUGAGCAAUCUCCCUCACAUGAAUGGAAUGCGGCUUGUUAGGUUUAUCACCUAAGGCAUCGUAAAUCUACUAUCAGCAUUAAGCCCCAGAGGCCCACUCUCAGUUCACACAGACACAUUAGAGUUCUAAGAACCCUAUUCUGUUGCAAAAAACAACAAUUUUAUGCAAUAACAUUAUUAUAACAUAAUCUUGUAGUUUUGCUCUCAUAACCGUCGCCCCAGUCUGAGGUCCUGAGCACUCUGGAGCAGGUUUUCAUUAAGGAUCUCUCUGUACUUUGCUCUGUUCAUCUUUGCCUCGAUCCUGACUAGCAUGCACCUGAGCUCAAUUUUGAGUCUAAUAGCAAAGGGUCUUAAUACUUAUGUAAAUACAUUAUUUAUGUUUUAUAUUUUUAAUGCAUUUGCUAAGAUUUCUAAAAAACUGUUUUCGCUUUAAUUAUGGGGUAUUUAAUCCCUUUUCAAAUGUUAUCCAUUGUAUAAUAAGGAAAAAGUCUUUAAACAAAAUGUGGAAAAAGUCAAGGAGUCUGAAUAGUUUCCGAAUGCACUGUAUACAGUCUUUUUUGCUCAUCUUUAUCAAGGGUGCUAAUAGUUUUGCACCUGAGUGUGUGGCAUUUACAGAUUAUGUACAAGGAAUAUAAUGAGGACAUUCUCACAGGUGCACUUUUGUCAGUUAAAGACACAUUGUAGUCAAUGCAUGAGAACUGCAUCUGAAUGUAUUUUCCUUGAGCAAUUCUAAAAGACAGAAAAUGAAUCAGAAUCUCCCAAUGCCCUUUGACACUUUCCCUUUCUAUUACUAUUAACUGACCAACUUGACCUCGGGUUGCCUUGAGUACACAUUUGUUAUUCAUGGAAUAACACCAACAAUUGAAAUUAGUAAACAAAUUAUUGGAUUCAAUUCUUAUUUUUUUUGCAUCUUCUACAGUAUGUCUUUCCUGCAGCCUUGUUUGUGGUGUGCAUGAUUACACCACAAUGUUUGUACUUGACCUUAAAACUGUAAUAUCCUGUGUGCACUGUUCUGGAAUUUCAGAUUUGAAGGAAUAAUAAUAACGAAUUGUAAGGACUAAUAAUGAAUAGUAAGGAAAGUAUUCACACCCCUUGCCUUUUUCCAUAUUUUGUUGUUUCAGCCUGAAUUUAAAAUGGAUUAAAUGUAGAUUUUGUUUUGUUACUGGCCUACACACAAUACACCCGUAAAGUGGAAUUAUGUUUUUAGAAAUGUUUACAAAAAUGAAAAGCUGAAAUGUCUUGAGUCAAUAAGUAUUCAACUCCUUUGUUAUUUCAAGCCUAAAUACAUUCAGGAGUAAAAGAAAUAUGCUAAAGUCCCUCUGUGUUCAAUAAUAGUUUUUAAACAUGAUUUUUGAAGGACUACCUCCUCUCUGUACCCCACACAUACAGAUAAUUGUAAGGUCCCUCAGUCGAAGCUGUGAAUUUCAAACACAGAUUAAACCACAAAGAACAGGGAGGUUUUCCAAUGCCUCACAAAGAAGUGCACCUAUUGGUAGAUGGGUAAUAAAACAAAAAACAGACAAUGAAUAUCCCUUUUGAGCAUGGUAAAGUUAUUACAUUUUGUAUGUUGUAUCAAUACACCCAGUCACAACAAAAAUACAGGCGUCCUCAGUUGCCGGAGAGGAAGGAAACCACUCAGGGAUUUCACCAUGAGGCCAAUGGUGACUUUAAAACAGUUAGAGUUUAAUGGCUGUGAUAGGAGAAAACAACUGAGGAUGGAUCAACAACACGUAGUUAUUCCACAGUAAUAACCUAAUUGACAGAAUAAAAAAAUAUUCCAAAACAUGCAGUAAAGUAAAUAUUGUAAAAGUAAUACUGCAAAAAAUGUGUCAAAGCGAUUAACUUUUUGUCCUGAAUACAAAGUGUUAUGUUUGGGGCAAAUCCAAUACAACUGCAGGUAGCCUAGAGGUUGAGAGAGUUGGGACAGUAAUUUAAAGGUCGCUGGUUUGAAUCCCUGAGCUGACCAGGUGAAAAAUGUGCCCUUGAGCAAGGCACUUAACCCUAAUUGCACCUGUAAGUUACUCUGAAAAAGAGUGUCUGCUAAAUUACAAAAAAAAAUUAUAACAUUACCGAGAACCACUGUCCAUAUUUUCAAGCAUAGUGGUGGCUGCAUUAUGUUAUGGGUAUGCUUGUAAUCGUUAAGGACUGUGGAGUUUUUCAAAACAAGAAAUACAUGGAAUGGAGCUAAGCACAGGCAAAAUCCUAGAGGAAAACCUGGUUCAGUCUGCUUUCCACCAGACACUGGGAGAUUAAUUCACCUUUCAGCAGGACAAUAACCUAAAACACAAGGCCAAAUCUACAGUAGUUGCUUACCAAGAAGACUGUGUGGCAAAGUUACAGUUUUGACUUAAAUCUGCGUGAAAAUCUAUGGCUAUACCUGAAAAUGGUUGUCUAGCAAUGAUCAACAACCAAUUUGACAAAGCUUGAACAUUUUAGAAAAUUGUUGCACAAUCCAGGUGUGGACAGCUCUGAGUCUUAUCCAGAAAGACUAACUGCUGUAAUCGCUGCCAAAAUUGUGAUUCUAACAUCAAAUUGUAUUUGUCAUAUGCGCCGAAUACAACAGGUGUAGGUAGACCUUACAGUGAAAUGUUUACUUUACAAGCCCUUAACCAACAAUGCAGUUUUAAGAAAAUAAGUUUUAAGUAAAAAAUCUAAAUAACGAAUAAUUGAAGAGCAGCAGUAAAAUAACUGUAUUGAGGCUCUAUACAGGGGGUACCGGUACAGAGUCAAUAUGUGGCGGGGGGGGGGGGGGGGGGGGUGUAACUGCAAAUAGUCUCGUUAGCCAUUUGAUUAGCUGUUCAGGAGUCUUAAGGCCUGGGGGUAGAAGCUGUUAAGAAGCCUUUCAGACCUAGGCAUGGCGCUCGGGUACCGCUUGCCGUGCGGUAGCAGAGAGAACAGUCUAUGAUUAGGGUGGCUGGAGUCUUUGAACAUUUUUAGGGCCUUCCUCUGACACCGCCUGGUAUAGAGGUCCUGGAUGGCAGGAGGCUUGGCUCCAGUGAUGUACUGGGCCAUACACACUUCCCUCUGUAGUGCCUUGCGGUCGGAGGCCGAGCAGUUGCCAUACCAGGCACUGAUGCAACCAUGCUCUCGAUGGUGCAGAUGUAUAACUUUUGCCAAAUCUUUUCAGUCUCAUGUGGGGGAAUAGGCUUUGUCGUGCCCCCUUCACGACUGUCUUGGUGUGUUUGGACCAUGUUAGUUUGUUGUUGAUGUGGACACCAAGGAACUUGAAGCUCUCAACAUGGGAAAACUUAUCUAAUCAAGAUAUUAGUGUUUCAUUUUUAUUUACAAAUGGUUAAAAAAUUCUUAUACUAAUAUUUUGUGUAGAUCGUUGACAAAAAAUAACAAUUAAAUCCAUUUGAAUCCCACUUUGUAACAACAAAAUGUGGAAAAAGUCUAGGGGUAUGAAUACUUUCUAAAAUGCACUGAACAUGUUAUUCUAUUCACAUACUGUCAAAAGAUUAGUAUUUGUAAAAUGUGUAAAAUGUUCAUAUUAAAUUAUUUUGUACUUUGGA